CAGCACCUUCCAAUCUUUGCUUCUUCGACCCCGAAACAGAGGGCUCACAAUGGGUAACUCUAAGAAAUACCCGGAGUCUUCUAUUAUUGAUGAAUGUGAAGUCGUCACUUACCGCAUGCUAGCGUGCAGACUCGAAGUGCAUGCCAAUGUCGCGAAGCAGAUGCUCUACGAGUUCCACAAGUGUCACAAGAAGAAGGAUGAGAGUAUCCAUGCUACGUACAUCAUCACUUGCGAGCGGAAGGUCAUUGAAGAGGCCGAGGAUGGUGAUGAUGAUGAGGACGAAGAUGAGGAUAUGAACUUGAGCCCCUUUGAGGUUACACCGCGGGAAAAGAAGGAGGGGUUUAAGUAUCAGAAGGUUGUCAAAUUGAUUGGUGAGGAGAGACUUGAAGAAGUUAAAGCGGAAAUCGAAAACAUCAAGACAGUUCACGUUCAUAGUCUUAGACCGAGCAGGAUUAAGGAUUUGACUGUGUCGUCGGCUUGCUCGGAGAGGAUAGUUAAUCGUGCCGCGAUUAAAGCCCCGAGGCCGAACAGGCCACCAGCCAUACCGCAUGCCGUGGCUACCGCGGCCGUGUCGAAGGCGAGUGAGAAGGCUGAGACUAAGGAAAGAGUUGAGGCCAAGUCAAAACGGAUACAAAGACUAAGGCGAAACGUGAACCUGAGACCAAGCUGCACUGAUGAAACUGGGAUCUUCUAUCUGUUCACUUCAUGGGGCAAUGCUGCCAUUAAGAAGGCGGAAUCCAAUCUUUCUUCAACUGCGCAUAGUCCUAAAACUGAAGAAGUCCCGGUUAAAAUGGAACUUGGUAGCGAGGAAGAGGAAGAUUUUGAACCUACUCUCCUUAGAGAUACCGCUGAAGAUGUCAAAAAGAGAAGGGAGAGGGAUGAUGAACUUACUAAAAUGAUAGAGAUGAAUAUCAAAGCUAAGCCUAAAAGGAGAGUAAGGGAAUAUGUGAGCAAUGAGGAGGAAGAAGAGUUGGAAAAACAAGUUCCAGAAGUUCAAAAGCCGCCAGAAGACGAGCCUGUCGAACUCCCUACCGGUAGUGUUGUGAGCGCUGUCACCAAAGGCGGUAGAAGACGCGGGAGGAGAAAGGUCAAUAAAAAGGUACAAGUUAAGGAUGAGGAUGGUCACAAAGCUUGA